CUACAGAUUCCCCAGAUCAGUUAUGCAUCCACGGCUCCAGAGCUAAGUGACAACACGCGCUAUGACUUUUUUUCCCGCGUGGUGCCACCUGACUCCUACCAAGCUCAGGCUAUGGUGGACAUCGUCACAGCAAUGGGCUGGAACUAUGUCUCCACGCUGGCUUCUGAAGGCAACUAUGGCGAGAGUGGGGUGGAAGCCUUUGUCCAGAUCUCACGGGAGAUAGGUGGGGUGUGUAUAGCACAGUCUCUGAAGAUCCCAAGAGAGCCAAAGCCAGGCGAGUUUGAUAAGAUCAUUCAGCGACUGCUGGAGACCUCCAAUGCACGUGCCGUCAUAAUGUUUGCAAACGAGGAUGACAUCAGGCGUGUGUUGAAUGCUGCUAAGAGAAGCAACCAGACAGGUCACUUCCUGUGGGUGGGCUCAGACAGCUGGGGGUCAAAGAUCUCACCUGUGGUCCAGCAGGAGAGAGUGGCAGAAGGAGCCAUCACCAUUCUACCCAAACGGGCUUCUGUUGAUGCAUUUGAUCGCUACUUCCGAAGCCGUUCUCUCUCUAACAACAGAAGGAAUGUGUGGUUUGCAGAAUUCUGGGAGGAGAACUUUGGCUGCAAGUUGGGAAUGCAUGGCAAACGACUAGGAAGCUCUAAAAAAUGCACAGGGUUGGAAAAGGUGGGUCGGGACUCCAGUUAUGAGCAGGAGGGGAAAGUGCAGUUUGUGAUGGAUGCAGUUUACGCCAUGGCACAUGCUCUACACCGCAUGCACCGAGACCUGUGCUUUGGCUACCCAGGCCUCUGCCCCCGCAUGAGUAACAUCAAUGGCAAGGAGCUGCUUUCAUACAUUCGUGCAGUCAACUUCAAUGGCAGUGCGGGAACUCCAGUUGUCUUCAAUGAGAAUGGGGAUGCCCCAGGACGGUAUGACAUCUUUCAGUACCAGAUCACCAAUAAGUCAACAGCCGAGUAUAAGGUCAUUGGGCAGUGGACAAACAAGCUACACAUAAAUAUGGAUGCUAUGCGCUGGAGGACUGGUGAUCCUACGUUGCCUGUCUCAGUGUGCAGUGUGCCCUGUAGAACCGGUGAAAGGAAGAAGAUUGUAAAGGGCGUGCCCUGCUGCUGGCACUGUGAACGCUGUGAGGGCUACCACUACCAGGCCAGUGAAUUCAGCUGCGAACUGUGUCCCUACGAACAGCGCCCCGAUGCUAACCGUACUGGCUGCCAGCCCAUUCCCAUCAUCAAACUAGAGUGGCAUUCACCCUGGGCAAUGGUGCCUGUUUUCAUUUCCAUGCUAGGGAUCCUUGCAACCACCUUUGUCAUUGUCACUUUUGUACGCUACAAUGACACACCAAUUGUUCGUGCCUCUGGCCGUGAAAUGAGCUAUGUGCUCCUGACAGGCAUUUUUUUAUGUUAUGCUAUUACCUUCCUGAUGAUUGCCACACCUGAUGUGGCUGUCUGUUCCUUCCGCCGAAUAUUCCUGGGUUUGGGCAUGUGUUUUAGCUAUGCUGCGCUGCUCACCAAGACCAAUCGCAUACACCGGAUCUUCGAGCAAGGCAAGAAGUCAGUGACCGCUCCACGGUUCAUCAGUCCAGCCUCGCAGUUGGUCAUCACUUUCAGCCUCAUCUCAGUGCAGUUGGUGGGUGUGUUUGUGUGGUUUGCUGUUGACCCUCCACAUACAGUGGUGGAUUAUGGGGAACAGCGAACACAAGACCCCGAGAAUGCACGCGGUGUGCUCAAGUGUGACAUCUCAGACCUUUCCCUCAUCUGUUCGCUAGGCUACAGCAUCCUGCUGAUGGUCACAUGCACUGUUUACGCAAUCAAGACCAGGGGUGUUCCAGAAACCUUCAACGAGGCCAAGCCCAUUGGAUUUACUAUGUAUACAACCUGCAUUAUUUGGUUAGCCUUUAUACCAAUCUUCUUUGGCACAGCCCAGUCUGCAGAGAGGAUGUACAUCCAGACGACCACGCUGACUAUCUCUCUGAGUCUUAGUGCAUCGGUGUCUCUUGGCAUGCUGUACAUGCCCAAGGUCUACAUCAUCAUUUUCCACCCAGAGCAAAACGUUCCCAAACGGAAGCGCAGUUUCAAAGCCAUUGUGACCGCUGCCACCAUGUCGGGCAAGCUCACACAGAAAGGUGGAGACCGGCCCAAUGGAGAGGUUAAAACAGAGCUCUGUGAGAGCAUGGAGACCAACACCUCAUCCACCAAGACAACCUAUGUCAGCUACAGUAACCAUGCUGUCUGA